UCCUUCAGAGGAGCCUUCCUGGUUUCUCACUAAGGAUCUGGAGAAUCAUGGAGUCACAUCAUGUAGUUGGUCUCCGUGUCUGAUGAGCUCACAAUCUUGAGCUCAUUUAUUUAAAAUUCAACAGAUUCUCCAUGAAACUUCUUGACACUUAACUCUUAGAUUUUUCUGGUGCAUCUUUUUCUUUCUCUGAAUAAUUUUCUUGAUGCUUCUGCAGUGAAGGGCCAACUCAUUUUCCAACAGAAAUCAUAUAUGUUUUCAUCUUCAUUUCAGCGCAGGCUGCCUUCUGUUUACCCCUAACAGGGGAUGGGAGGAACUUGAUGGUCUUUUUUUUAUAUAUAACCACAUUUUCCCCGCCUGGAAGUGGAUAUGGGCCCGUUUUUUGCUGCGCGUUGCACGGAGCUGUCAGGAGGUAGACGCGCUGGAGGGGAGCUGCUUCACAUAAGGUUCGCCGCUCAGGUUUUUGUCUGGAGGAUCUGCGACAUGGGCUGAGCUCAUCAGAUGACUGUUCUCCCAUGAGCAUCUCAAUUAUGAAAGACGGAUAAAAAUCGACUUUUAUCGGCCAGACUGUCGUUUAAUAAUUUAUAACUUUGAUCACACCAGGAGAGUUUCCAUCGGAAGGUUUUUCGGCUGCACUGUGGAGUUCAUGAUGAUGCAGUAUCCUGCAACUUUUCUUGGAUAAACAUUUUAUUGAAUUUGAUAAUGCGGGAGUGAGGAUAAACAUGUUAGAAACAGUCGUGUGAACGGUGUCCUAUUGGUUUCUAAAUUUCCGAUUUCAAACAAAAAUAACUUGGAACUGGACGCUCCGCUUUGACCACCUGUUUCGUGUUUUAAAUCUCUUUACGCGCGCCUUUUCCUUGCCUGGGCGCAGCGUCAACUCCACUUUUUCGGUUGGUUCCUCCUCAUCCUCAGCAGAUAGACAACAAUGUGGCUCCCCUGCCUGGCGCUGCUCCUGCUGCUGCUCCGGUUCUCCGGGGUUCUGCUGGUGGACGGGUUCAACACGUGUCAGUCCAUCAACCUGGACGCGCAAAAGUCGCGGCGCAUCGAAGCGGUCCGUGGACAGAUCCUCAGCAAGCUUCGCAUCCGCAGCCCACCCGACGACGACGACGAGCCCCUGCCGGGUGGCGUGCCCCCCGAGGUCAUGCUGCUCUACAACAGCACGCGGGAGCUGCUGAAAGAGCGCGCGCGGCAAGCGGAGUCGGCGUGCGAGCGCGAAAGCAGCGAGGAGGACUAUUACGCCAAAGAGGUGCAGAGGAUUGACAUGCUGCCCCCCCGCACCGACUCCAAUACUGUGCAACCAGAAGCACCUAGCCACUUUUACAGAGUCGUCUCUUUCGACGUCAGCGGAGUCGACCUUACAAACAGCACCUUGGUAAAGGCUGAGUUCAGGAUCUUUAGAGCUCCCAACCCGCAGUCCCGGGCCUCAGAGCAGAGAGUGGAGAUCUAUCAGUUACUCCGACCUGAGGAAGAUAGCACCUCCACUCAACGUUACAUCGACUCUCGCACAGUUCAGCCAAGGGCCAAGGGAAGCUGGAUGUCCAUGGACGUCACGGAAACCGUUAAAGAUUGGGUGUCAGAUCCAGAGAAUAACCUUGGACUCAAGCUGGGCGUCCACUGUCCCUGCUGCACCUUCGUCCCAUCCACCAACAACAUAGUGCCCAACAAGAGUGAAGAGCUAGAAGUUUUGUUUGCUGGUGUGGAUGAUGAGCGGCUUCGUCAGAUGAGAAGACCGGGUCAGGUCAAAGGCCAGGCAGAUUACAGUACCAAGACGCCACAUCUCAUCCUCACCCUGCUUCCCAGUGACAGAGUGGACAACCCGGCCAGGAAGAGCCGCAAGAAGAGGGCAGCUGCCACAGACGCCACGACCUGCUCCCGUGGUUCGGAUCAGGGCUGCUGCCUACGCUCGCUUUAUAUCGACUUCAGGCGUGACCUCAACUGGAAGUGGAUCCAUGAGCCAAAAGGUUACAAAGCCAACUUCUGUGCCGGCAGCUGUCCUUACCUCUGGAGCACCAACAACCACUACAACAUGAUCCUGCCCCUGUACAACAAGCUGAACCCAGAGGCCUCCGCCUCCCCCUGCUGUGUUCCCCAGGAGCUGGAGCCCCUUACCAUCAUGUACUUCAUAGGACGCACACCACGUGUUGAGCAGCUCUCCAAUAUGGUUGUGAAAUCCUGUAAGUGCCGUUAAGGGGCCCAAAGAGGAGAAGAACGGGACUGGACCAGAACUGAAAACGACUCCUUUUGGACUGAUCCCCUGAUGAAUAAGCUUGGCUCUUUGAUAAACUCUGGCAGACUUUUGAAAAAUUAUUUUUUUACUUUAUCUGAAUCAGAAACAAGGACUUUUUUUUCUUUCUUACAGUCAUGAAAGCUUUUCCCAUCAUUUUUUACCUCCCUGGAAUUUUCCAUUUGAUAUAGGACACUGUAUGAAAACAUAAAUCUAUUAAACCUGUCCUCGAGUAUUAAAAUCUAAAAGUGUGUUGAACA